GCCGUUGAGCAGAGCAGCCAUCUGUGACGUAGAAUGCUACUACUAACCAGCAAAAGAAGAAGAAUAACAAAAGCAGCUACAGAUUUUCAGGGCAGUACAGACAACCCCUCUGGGUUAACACUUACUCUUAUUUAGAAAAGAAAAAAAUGUAAGUUAACUGGAACCAAAGAGGAGGUUGCGGUGUGGAGGCUUGUGUGAAGUAGUAGCUUGUCAGAAGCAACGCUGUUAUUGUUUUCAGAACUGUUUUCGUUUGUGAAUCCCGGCAGCUAAGCUAGCUCUGAGGUUAGCUCCUCUUCAACUGGCUAGUCAACGUCUGACAGACUUUCUGACCUGAGAUAGUCAGCCCGUGUUUACCGUACAAAUUAACCCUACACAUCUCCCUUAGCCUGCUCGGUGCUACUCGUCAGUGUAGAGAUGGGAAGUCUGGGCAGUAGGUUCCAGUCCCCCUCUCAGGGACCAGAGGAGGCUGCAGAGGGCACAAAUAACAGCCACAAGCAUGGAUGUGAGUGUCAGAAGAGGAAACGAAAUGCCCCAUGUGACUGUGACAGUGAACAAGAGGAGGACGAUGCCAUACUGGAUACACCUCGCAGGAAGAAAUUGAAAAGCACAUCACGAUACAUUUAUCAGACUUUGUUUCUGAAUGGGGAGAACAGUGACAUUCGCAUCUGUGCUCUGGGACAGGAGUGGAACCUCCACAAAGUGUACCUGUGUCAGUCAGGGUAUUUCUCCAGCAUGUUCAGCGGCUCUUGGAAGGAGUCCAACAUGAUGGAAAUCAAUUUGGAGAUCCCUGACCAGAACAUCGACACUGAAGCUCUACAAGUCGUAUUUGGAUCCCUGUAUCGGGAUGAUGUUCUGAUCAAGCCCAGCAGAGUUGUCAGUAUUCUUGCAGCUGCUUGUAUGCUACAGCUGGAUGGUUUGAUCCAGCAGUGUGGAGAGACCAUGAAGGAAAAUAUCAGUGCGAAGACCGUGUGUGGCUACUAUGCUUGUGCCAGCGUCUAUGGCUUGGAUUUGGUCAUGAAAAAGUGUCUUGAGUGGCUUCUGAACAACCUGAUGACCCACCAAAAUGUCGACCUGAUGAAAGAACUUGGGGCAGAGGUGAUGGAGCAGCUCAUUCAGUCCUCUGACCUGUUUGUCAUGCAGGUGGAGAUGGAUGUAUACACUGCUCUGAAAAAAUGGAUGUUUCUGCAGCUCAACCAGUCAUGGGACGGCCCAAUUAAGCAGCUUCUGGCUGAUGCUGAUGCGUGGCUUUGCAAACGCAGGACAGACUUGUGUGAGAAAGAGCCCUUCUUGAACACAGAGGAGGGUGAACCUUUCCGUUCAGUGUUCAAAUACGUUCGUCUCCAGUAUAUUAUCAAUGAUCUCGCAUCUGCACGCAUUCUGGAGAGAGACAAUAUUUUGCCCCCUGAUUGGUUAACGUCGGUGUACAAAAACCAGUGGUUCGCUAUGCUCCGGACAGAAUUUGACAAUGAUAAUGGUCCCCAGGAAGCCAACAAAGACGAGUUUGAGCUGAGCAGUAUGAGGUGCGGCAGGAAACUGACUAAAGAUGGAGAUUACUGCUGGCGGUGGACAGGCUUUAACUUUGGUUUUGAUCUGCUGGUGACCUACACAAACCGUUUCAUAGUCUUCAAAAGAAAUACUCUGAGUCAGCCAUGUGGGGGUGCUGUGAGUCUGCAACCUCGAAGGCAUCUGGCAUUCCGGUUACGUCUUGCCUCCUUUGAUAGCCGUGGAAAGCUGGUCUGCAGUCGCUCAACAGGUUACCAGCUUCUCACUCUCGAGAAAGACCAGGAGUAUGUGGUGAUGAACCUUGACAGCCGGUUGUUAACAUUCCCCCUCUACGUGUGCUGUAACUUCCUGUAUACGUCGCCUCACUCUGACCCUCGUCCAGAUUCCUCAGAACAAGAAAGCACUGCUCGCAGCGUGUCUUGAUGCCUGUUCAGCAGCCAUUAACUGCUACUAUUCUUCUGGGAAAGCUGAGACACUGACACAAGCUUGUACGUACAAUCCACCGCCACAUUUAACACUUUCACUUUGACAUUGGACAUACCAUCUGCAUGCUGUGUAACACAGUGAGGUGUUUAAGGGAAAUGUUUUGUAUCUGUGUAUCCAGUGUUUUUGGCACAGUAAGAAUUAGCUACACAUACAUGGGGUUUACAGUGUAACAGAGACAGUGGCCAGGAGAGAUUAGGCCACCUUUGUCUUCAAAGCAGCUUCAAACUCUGGACCUCUGCCAUGAACUGUCUGCACUGGGAUGUUGGACCAUUUCUCAAGAUGGAAAACCCCCAGGUCAUUUAUAUUAAUGGAACCACUCUGGAAACAUUUAUCAGUGUGUAUGGGGGCAUUAUCAUCCUGGAAUACGGGAACAUCAUGAGGGAACAGCUCCAGAGGGACCUUUAUUGACUUGUAUGGUUGUUAUACUUGUGAUGAGAGGUGUGGCCCUGCACUCUACUGAUGGGCGCGCUCAAAAACUCACCUGUCUUUUGUACUGAUUUAAAUUAACAGCUCUGUGCAGCAAGCACACAACAUACCAUACAUACCAACAGUGUCCUAAACAAUCCAGACAUAUAUUUCACAUGACUUGGGGCUACUGAUAUUGUACAAUCUCUGCCAACACUUACCACAUACCACCUGCACUCCAUGUAAGCGCCCUUGCCCCAAUGGAGUGCAGCUGAUGACACUCAACAGGCAUCACUUUUGAAUUGCAAAAAACUAACUGAUAGAUGCAGUAAAGCAGCAGUUUCAAUCUGUGUUGUAACACUUUUUAACUCCUGGAGGUCCACCUCACUCAGUCUUAAUCUAGUCUACACAAGAGCAGCUUCUGUUUUUCAGAUUGGAAAGUCCACCACCUCUUCAGUAAACUGGAGGAAACCGCAUCACUACUCCCAGAUUAUACACAGUAUCAAGAAUCCUUUGUACUUUGUAAAUAACAUUUACUGCAAUAUUCACAUUAUAAAACAACAUUGCAUACAAGUGAUAAAAGUAAAGUCACGAAGCCCAAGUAGCUAUGCUUAUGUUACACACCUCUAUGUAAACCUGCAUCGUCAGGGCAAUAAUCCAGAUUAAACCAAUAAUCUUUAUUCAUGAGACAUGACACUUCAGGAGUUUUUGUGCGUUAACCUCAUUUACACAGUUUACACUUGGACGUACAAUCAUUGAUACCAGCAUUUCUGAUGUUCACAGCAUAAUGUGAAAACUCCAAACAAACAGAAAUGUUGAUAGACUACAGAUUUUGAGACAUUCUGUAGUGUUUACCAGCUACACUGUCAAAUCUCCAUUUACUGCUGUUACUGAAAUCCACUGAUCCUGUUUUGCAGUGCAGUUUGUCCCUUGACACAUUAAGGCACGCUGUUUAGACUGCUCCCAUCAACACAUGAAGUACCUUUGCAGUUAUGUUGUUGUACACGUUUGUACUAUUGAUUAGGCAGUUUUGUAAAUCUGUUACCUCAUGCUGUUUUGAAAACCUGUAAAGCGGAAAUGUACUGCCAACACAUUCUCAGUAUGACUCGCUUGUAUAGCUGUAACUGUCAUAAAGUUUAAGGUGUUUUUUAUUUUUAUUUAUUUUAUGACUUCAUUGUAUUUGUAUGGAUUUAUUUUUGCAAAAGAAAAUACAAUUUCCAACAGCCAAUAAAACUGCCCAUUCACAUGGGCUAUGGUGCUAUCACACGAUCCUUUCUCUUUCUCCAACUAGGUCUUUACUACAGCUGCACAUUUAUUCAUGCUUCUGUAGAUAUUACAACAGUUUCCUCUAUGCUGAAUCCUGAUUUCCUACUUAGUGACGUUCAUUGGAACCCAUUGGAACAUAUUUGAUAGAGCUGUCCAGCAAUAAUGUCUAUUAUAUAUAUUAAUGAUUUAUUUACCACUUAUUGUGAUAACUAAUCCUUUAUUGCAUACAUGUAUCAUUUUCAAUUAUUAGAUCACUGAAAAACUUCAACAACCAGUCCUACACAACAUAUUCUCUGCAAAAUGAUCCAGAUUCAGGUUGAUCUCCUCUGUUCAGUCGGAGCAACAGCAGAUCUUCAUCAGGAAUGAAAAAGCUUGGAUAAAAACUAGCAGAUUUUAGGCUUGGCACAUAUUAAUUAUUUAAUAAAUUACUAAAAAAAAUAUUACAGUCAACAUACCUGCUGUCUGACAAUUAAGCAUUACGACGUUUCCAAAAGAUGUAAACUACAUUAUGUAAGAAGCAGAGCGAAAGACCCCUGUCUGUAUUUUCUGUCUGAGUGGCACAACUUUUGUUUUCAGUUGGCUUCUCUGCAGAGUCUGUUCUGGUCCCUGAAGUAAAGUUUGAAUUAAUUUAAUUUCCCUUUCUAAAUGUUUUGGGUAAAACAAAUCCAGGAUACAGAAGAUCUUUCUUUCUAACUAUGUAAGUUUGGAGAUGAUGCUUUUAUCAAGACUCCAGCCUCUUAGUCAGUUACUUAUUCUACAUUUAUAAAGGACUAAAAACAAGAAUUUAGUCAAGAGUUCUGCCAGAGACUAUCUCACAUCCCAGUAACAGUUGGCUUGCCAUGGUUUCCUCAAUAUUAGAUUCCAUUACAACAAUUUUCUAAAUAAACAACAUAGAUUUGGACAAAAUAAAUAGGUUGUGGGGUUUAUAUUAGAUCUACAGUGUGUUUACUGCUUCUUGUAAUUGUUGCUGCACAAUGUUCUCCUGCAGGUACUCAUACUGCCACCUUACAGUGUUGCCUUCUUUGUACCAUAAUUUGU